AUGUCUGAAAUGGACAUGUAUGGAGCUGAUGAAGAGGAAGAGCAGUUUUACGAGGCUGUUAAGAUAUUAUUAAUGGCAAUACAAGCAGUGAUUUAUGUGUUAUACGAACUUGUGUUCAGCAUACGUGGUGAACAUAUUAGACGUCCGCUGACUCGUCGACCAGUGAAAUCAAGUGGAUACAUAUAUAUGCACAACAUAUUGGACAGAGACCCUCAAAUCUUUAGAGAUGUGUAUAGAAUGUAUCCUGACGUGUUUCGAAAAUUAUGUAGCAUCCUAAAAGCGAAAACACCUUUACGGGAUACAAGACACAUUUGUGUUGAAGAAAUGCUUGCAACCUUUUUACUAGUUGUCGGCCAAAAUAAUCGAUACAGUGAAGCUCGGCUGAUAUUUGAGCGAUCUCAUUUUGCUGUUAGCAGAAGUUUCAACAAAGUCUUGAAGGCCUUGAAUACAAUAGCACCACAGUUUAUGGCUAAACCUGAAUCCAUACCACCUAACAUAAGAGAAAGUACAAGGUUCUAUCCUUACUUUAAGGAUUGUGUCGGAGCUAUAGAUGGCACGCAUAUUCCUGCAACGGUAGUUGGACGUGAGUUCAUAUAUGUGAUUAGUGGAUGGGAGGGUUCCGCUCAUGAUUCAAAAGUGUUGAAUGAUGCGAUUUCUAGACGAAAUGGACUCAAAGUGCCACCAGGUAAAUAUUACUUAGGGGACUGCGGAUUCCCAAAUCGACGUCGGUUCCUAGCUCCAUUUCGAGGUACUCGAUAUCACCUCAAAGAUUUUGGUGGUGAAGGAAAUCAUCCUGUCAAUGCAAUUGAGUUAUUCAAUCUUCGCCAUGCUUCCUUGAGGAACGUAAUUGAGAGAAUAUUUGGAAUAUUUAAGUCGCGUUUCACAAUCUUCAAAUCAGCACCACCAUUUUUAUAUAAGACACAAGCAGAACUAGUUUUGGCUUGUGCAGGACUGCACAAUUUUCUUCGACAGGAAUGUCGUUCAGAUGAAUUUCCUCUUGAACCAGAAGAAGAUCCGAUAGACAAUCACGAAGAUAAUUUUGAAUGGGAUGAUUUUCAAACCCAAGAUCAGCAAAGAGAGAAUGCUAAUGAAUGGAGAAUGAGUAUUGCUACUCAUAUGUGGACAGAUGCCCAACCAAAUGCCAACAAUGAAAACAAUGACAAUCAAGAAAGUGAAAAUGAGGGAGAAGAAUAA